CAGAUCACAAGAAGUGGAAGAAUACUUUCUGAAAAAGAAUACAAACUAAAUAUCAUGAAGAGGGAUCACCAAAAAUAUAUCCGGGAGUGCUUAGCUCAGGCUAUUUUCCAUAAGGUUCUUGAUAUGGAGCGUUACCAUCAGCUUGAAAUAAAAAAGAAAUUGGAGACUUUAGCUAGAAAAGAGCAAAUUCAGAGAUUUAAGGGAGAGCCCACAAGAUGGUCUGUAGGAAAUGCCAUGCCAGCCCUGUCUCCCCACCCCCCAGCAGGCCCAAAGACUAACUGGGGCCAUAGUGUUGUGGUUGAUGAAGGAUGUUCCAGUCCAAUAACACAGACAGCCCCUCGACCAUACACUGCCCCAGGAAAUAUGCAGCCUCCAAUUCGAUUGCAGCCUCUUCCCAGUAAUCCUGCUGUAGGAACUGUUCCAAAGAUAACUUUGGGGUCCAGAUCAAAAACCACAUUGCUGGAAAAUGAAGCUCCGUUUCCCAUUGGGGGCAAGAAGGCAGUGAUGAAGUUCAGGAACUCUAUGGACAAUUCACAGGGAAUGAAUCGAUACCAACUUCUUAACAGCUACAUACCUAUUCCUCCUUCACCUCCUCCCCGCCAUGGAAAAAUCGUACGGGAAAAUAGACCUGAAACAUGGAGAAGGAGAAGAUUUCGUCCAACCACUGCUCCAAAUGGCUUAGAACCUCUCUUUGCCAGGGAUUCAAGAAAGAUCCACAGAACACCGCUGCAUAGUAAUGCAGCUAUUACAAUGAUCUAUUUGGGGAAAAAUGUGCACCUAUCUUACGUGCAUCCAGACUUCCGGGAUGAAAUAAAAGUUUAUCAACAGCACUGUGGUGGGGAAAACCUUUGUGUCUAUAAAGGCAAACUACUUGAAAAAGAGACCUUUCAGUUUAUCUCCAAAAGGCACCACGGUUUUCCCUUCAGUCUCACCUUUUUCCUGAAUGGGAUGCAGGUGAACAGGUUAAGCUCCUGCUGUGAAUAUAAGCAUCGGAAAGGUUCCAGACUUGGAGGCAAACGAGGCUACUUUGGGUUUGUGUGUGUGGAGAGAUCAUCCCCUUGCUACAAGUGCAUUAUUGCAAUGGGCCUUGACAAAAAACCAACUUCACCAAAACCUAAGAAACAAAAGAGUGUUGAGAAAAGAGAGGAACCGGAGAAGAGCAAAGGGAAACUGAGGAAGGAUAGAGCAUACAUGAUACCAAGAAGGAAUGAGAUGGAAGGGAGCAGAGCCUCUGCUUCAGUCAUUUUUUCAGCUGAAGAGGAAAAUGCAGAGGUCGAAGAAGUGAGAACUGCUGUAGAAGAAAUGGAACGUAGAGGACAAUAUGCUUGGGAAGAUGACCAGGAAAAUACAUUUAAAUAUGAAUAUGAAGAAGAUUUUGAAGUAGAUGAGGAGAAACAAGAUGAGAACGCUAAUGAAGAAGGACAGGCUGAUGAUCAAGUGAAUGGAAUGUUAAAGUCACCCUCAGACGAUGAAAAAGAUCAUUUAGACCCUGGAAAGAAGAGUGAAACCUUGUCACAGAAGGUAGCAAAUGCUGAUGACAAUGUGAAAGAUGAGGAUGAUGGAUGUUCUGAGAGUGAAUUGGAAGAGGAUAAAGAAGAUAUAAAAAGUGCUUCAUCAUCUUCAUCCAGAAGUCACCCAUAUUCUAGCUGCAGUGACAGUGAAUCUGCACUGGGGGACAGGGAAGCACAUGUUGAAAACAGUCCCGAUGAAAGCGCCAGAAGUUCAUCUUCUCAGGAUUUGAGUGGAAAUGAUGAGCUAGGAAAACCCCACCUUCCAACUAAGGAUUUCUUAAAAAUCAAAAUUGAAGACCAUGAAAUAAUAAAGGGAGAUGUGGAGACCACGCCUCUGCCCACAGAUGAAAGCUUGGAGAAUGUUCUGAAAGAAGAAACUGAGAAAGGAACCCAAGUGAUUGCAAAAGGCACAUCUGAGAAGUCCAGGGGACAGCUUUCCAAGGAAGAAAAGGAAAAUUAUAAGAGUAAGCUUUGGAAAGGAAGCACUGCUAAGGUGAAAGACAAAAAGGCAGGUCCCUGUAAUGUGGAGAAAGGUGUUGGACAGAUAAUAGCUGAAGCUGAGGAACCUGGCUGCCACUGCCCCUAUGACACUGAGUCUGGUGUUAGCAGCACAGAUGAGGGGGAGAAGCACUCGAGGAAGCCAGAGAUUGACACAGGUGCAGCACCGAAUAGGAAUUUAAUGGUGGAGGAAAGGGAAGCCCUCAACUCAAACAAGGAAUCCAAGCCAGUUGCAUCAGAAAUGGAUACACUGGAGAAGGAAGGAGCAAUGGUGGAAGAUGAAGUCCCCCAACACAGGGAUGUUGACACAACAGAACAAAGAGUGGAUGUAACACUGUGGGGUUCAGCAGGGGUUAAUGAGGUUCCCUUUGGGGAGGGGAAGCCAACAGCAGAGCAGCCAGUAUUAGUAGAACAAUUUACAGAGGGAAGGGAAGUCCCUCAGCACAUAGCAAGUGGGGCAGAGGCAGAAGAAGAAAAGGAUAGAGGGCUGGAUAAAGAGGGGUUAAACCUCAUGGGAAAAGCAACAGCAAGAGACUCUGGAGGUCUGAAGGAAGAUGAGGCUCCUGAAGAACAAGCCUCGAUGCAGACAGUGCUGGAGACAGAGAAGGCAGCUUCUGAAGAGGAACAGGGUUUGGAGAAGACAAUGCUAGCAAGCAAGGCCCCAGCUCAGAGCUCAGAGUGUGUGCAGGAGGCAGCAGCCCUGAGCGAGGCCAUGUUGCUGAAGGGAGAGGCUGAGAGCAGGGCAGCUGUGAGUGAGGCAGGGUCUGAAAAGCCAGAUGUGGAGGAAAGAGAAGAGGAAGCAUCCACAGAUCUAGAGGCCAUGGGGCCUGAGGAAGACUCUGCCUCCUGGGGAGAGGGUGGUUCAGAAGAGGCAAUACUUGGGGGAGAGGAAACAGCGCAAGACAGGAAAGCAGUUAUGGGAACAGAAACACCAUUUUGCUCCUCAACUGCUGAGAAGGCUGAGGCAACCCAGAUGGAAGUUUCGCAGGACAGCCGGGAAGAACUUGACAAGGAAGAUGUGGAAAGGAAGGAGGUUGUGACUGAGGCAGAAUCUAAUAAGGACAAUGACAGGAGAGAAAUAUUACCUGAGGAAGUCUAUGCAGCAAAAGAGGCAGUGAAAGCUGAGAGGCCAAAAACACCUCUAGGGGAAACUGAAUCUGAGAGAGAAGAGGUGACAAGGGCAAAGGUACUUCAGGGUGAAGACAUUUUAGAAGAGGAGCAAGAGUUUCAAGGGGAAGAGGGGAAACCUGUGAAGGAAGGAAGACAUGAGGAAGAGACACAAGGCCCCCAAACUGAAAUGGAAUGUGAUGUUGAGAAGGAAGCACCCACGGAGGCAUCUGAAUUGCCUGAAGACUCAGGGCCACAGGAAGAAUAUGUACUGAGAGAGAGAGAGGUGUCCAUGUUUGAAAUGGCACCUGAAUUUGAAAAGUCACUGGAAAACGUAAUAGCUCUGAGGAAAGACGAAGGAGGGGAAAGACUUAGAGAAACUGGAGACACAGAGCACGAAGGCAGAGCAGAGAUGCUUCACAGAGAGGAGGAGAACAUGGCUCCCUUAGCGCCAGAUGAGGGGCCAGGCCCUGAGGGAGAGGGUGUGAUGGCAGCUCCUGAGAGUGACCCAGUGAGACAGGUGCAGGCAGCUGAAGCUCCGAUCACAGCCACAGGCGAGGCCCAGGAGUGUGCAGCCCAAGAUCAAGAUGGCCUUGCAGGACUGGGAAGGAGAGGUAAGGAAGGGUCUGUACAAGGGCGACAAGGAGUAGGGGCCAUGGCAACGACCCAAGGAGAUGUUCCUGAGGGAGAUGCCAUCAUGGCAGGAACAUUGAGUGAAGAAGUGAUGGAUGAGGACCCAGAAGGGGAGGCUGAUGAAGAGUGCACCCUGGGGACAGGAGUGAUGAAGAACAGGGACGCAGAGGGGGAUGGGAGCUUGCCAGGAGGAGGAGUUGUGGCUGAGGAAGAUUUGCAUCAAGAAGGAGGAACGGCAGAAAUGUCCGAGGAGAAGAAAGAGGUGUUGGCAGCUUCAAAGACAGCUGAGGAGAAAACAGCUGCUAAUACAGCCUCCAACUUUUCAGGUGUUGCUGGUGAAGAAACUUGGCACACAAUGGAUGAGUCACUAGGAAAAACAGCAGCGGCAGAGAGGGUGGCAGUAGAGGAAACAGCGCUGAGCAGGGAAGACGUGCCAGCAGUGGAGGAGGUGCCAGUGAUUGGAGCAUCAGAGACUGGGCUGGGGGAUCUAAGGGGAGCUUCAGACCUGGAAGGGAAGGCCCUACAGCUGGGGCAGGCUCCAAAGGGAGGGGACGCUGGCACCACUCAGCAGCCGGCAGAGUCAACAGGAGAGGAGGAAGGGCUGGGUAGCCUUGUUGGGGGACAGGAGUUGGGCCAGGCUGAAGAAUUCAGACUAGGAUUAUGCCAAGAGCGAGAGUCAGAGCCAGGUAGAGAGAACCUACAGGACUUGGAAACACUCCCUGUAAAACCCGACUACACUGGGACCCAAGAGAGACAAGAGCAUACAGUGCAAAGAGAAAGUGAGAACGUAGGUGUUUCCAUGGACGACAUGAAGGCCUAAGAGACUUCGUGGCAGACGGCUAUUUUAAAAAUGUGUUCUGGAAGACUUGAAGAGCAGAGAAAUAUUCAUCCAAGCACCUCACCAGGACUUUAGGCUUUAUCUUUUUUUUUUUUGAGAAAAAUCUCUGUGCUUGUCUGAGCUGGCUCCCAGUCUGUCAGUGCUGGUUAGUAGCAGUGAGCACCUUGACAAUGGCUGACAGAUCUGUCAGACCCUCCUUACCGCAGUGGUUCCUAGCAGAGGCCUGUGAGGCUAUUAAGUGUUCAACAGAGUAACAUGUCUAUAUUCAAAUUAAAUCGAUAUUUUUCAAAUGUUUGACUUUUACCAAAGAUAACUUGAGUGGCCCAGUUCCGAUGUCUGGGGUUUGUUUAAAUUCUUUUUUAUUGAUAAUCAAACAUUAGACCCAGUUUCAUACAUGAGAGUUUUACUUAAAAUCGGUGGCUUGGGGCUUUAAUGACGUGAUCUGUGAAAAUGAGCUUGAAAAGGUCUUUCCAUGUACACUCAGUACUCAAGAUUGCUCCUGACCUGUAAAAUGAUCCUAUGGCAUGUAUAUUCGCUUAGAAAUAGCCAUUCUUUCUAUUUAUGCCAGAAGAGUAAUUUAAAGUGGAAAUCUUAUUUCGAAGUGCCCUUGGCUUUUUUUGUGUGUGUUUCUGUAGUUUUGCUUUCUGAGGUAGACUGGUAAAUGCUUCUGGUAUUUCAGCCCUGGGUGCCUUAUUUCUGGGCCGCUUGAAUUUUAAUCAUAGUAGUAAAUAAUUUAGCUAAGUGAAAUGAGUAACAAUAAUUAUAGCAGGUCAACAUCGCACAUCAGCACAUACACCAACAUUCUAGAUGCGUUGGUUGAUGUCAUUCAAUGGAAAAGAAACUUGGAUUAAAUUAUUGGGCCUCUCACCUUCCCAAGGUCUGUUAUUUCAAACCUGUGAACUAACCUCGGAGUGCAUUGUAAAUCAAUAGUCACAACUGCUUUCUAAAUUACUCCCUGAUAUUACCAGAAAUAGUUGUGCAUCAGUGUGCCUCCUGGGGAUUUUGAUUUCCUCGAAUGGCACAUUGGUUUGGCUGUCUUUUCUCCAUGUGAGAAGGCAAAAGAAAAUUUCUGAAAAUCAGUGUUUCUCCAGCUAGACUACACAUUUAGACUUUCAUGGGACAUUUUCAUGAAUGCAUGAAGGAUUCAUCCAUUGUUCCUACUGCAAAUAUUCAGAUUUAAUUAGUUUUAGAUGGGCGCAGGCAUCAGGUUUAUUAUUAUUAUUAUUAUUAUUAUUAUUAUUAUUAUUAUUAUUAUUUAGUUGAUUCUACCAUGUGGCCAAAAUUGAGAACUGCUGUCCUAAAUCAUCAUAUAAUCUAUGCUGGCUGCCCUACCAUGGUUCUCAAAAUGUGGUCCCUUGAUCAGGAUAUCAGCAUCACUUGAAACUGUCCCAAAUACCAAUUCUUGCCCUUAUCUUGUACCUAUUAAAUUGGAAAGUCUGUGGGAGGAGCCUAGCAACUGUUGUUUUAUCAAGCUUCCCAGGUAAUUUGGAUGUACUCUAAAGUCUGCAAAUUGCUGUCAUGACAUUGAUUAUAUUGAGGAUUAGUCUUCAUUGAAAAGUGGAUUGCAGAAGCAUUGUGAACUUCCUCUCUCUCUCUCUCUCUCUCUCUCUCUCUCUCUCUCUCUCUGUUUCUCUCCCCUCCUUCUCUCUUUUUCUCUUCCUCUGUUUUUCUAUCUCUAGGAAAGAGUACUUACUAUAAAAGUGAUGAAUUCAACUUUAAACUCAUUUUUAUUAUGACUGUACUGAUGUGCAUGAAGUCCUACAGCCCACCUCUCUCUUGAGGAUGAGUGUCAAUCACAGCACAAUGUAGAUCUUUAUUUUAUGAGUGGAUUCCGUCUACAUUAUAUCCAAUUUCUUUUAUUACUGAGCUGCAUUACUGUGGAACUUUACAGUAUUUGUUCCUUGAUCUCAACCUCAAUGCUACAGAGCACUUUGAAUACAUCGAACUUUACGGGAAAGAUUUUAAAUUUGUUAAUUUCAUUGAAGAAGGAGUUUUGUACAAUGUGUUAAAUGGAAAUUGCAUUGGAUUAUUUUUAUAUUUAACACAUUCUGUGGAAACAUUCUGUAACAUGAUUCUACAAUCUGCAUGUGGGUUUAACUGUGAAAUUCAGUGUUGUGAUAUUUUGACUAAAGGAGCUCUUUCUCUGCAAAUCCUGUGUUGAUAAAAUUAUUUGUAUGUUUAAGUGAACUGAUUUUCCCUAGUUUCAUUAUUAAAAGCAUAAAUAAAUAAAACAUAUGUUUAUGGAGAA